CGCUUGGAGAACACACAGUGAGCGGAGCGUCCGCAGUCGCAGUAGCACUCGAAGUCCGCUUAUCCGCAUCCGCGGCGUUUUCGAAUUUUUCAGACCUUACCAUUCGAUCCGAUCCAUCAUCUGGCACAUCCUAACCAUCUCUAAUCGUAACCCCAUCAUCGUGAUCGCGUCCGUAAUCGCUCCGUUUUGACGUACUCGAUGUUCCGGUUUUGUGUGCAAUCGUUUCCAAAGGAGAUCGAAACAAUAAUCUCGGCGGAUAGGAAAUUUGAAACACGAAUGUUCGUUUCGCAAUCCAAGAGAGUCGUUACAAUUUGAAAAGCCCGCAAAAAAAAAUCGUUUAAAUGCGAGCAAUUCGAAGAUCGGAAAAUAUAUAAAAAUAUAUAUAUAUAUGAUUUGUGCUGUGUUUGAAAAAGGAAUAUCAGAAAAAAAUUAUGAAAAUGUUGAAUUGUUGUUGCCGUAAGUUUUAAAGUGUGCAAAGUGCAACUCUCUGAAAAUCAACGAAGAAUACAACGCGUCCAAAAAAAGAAUCGUAAAACUGAAAAAAGCAAACAAACAUAAAAACAAGCUCGUCAACUAUGUUAGCCAACCGAAAUUUGGCCGCAUAAACAAGCUGAGAUUGCUUCAUUCCUCGCUCCCCAACUAAACCGCGGGAAUUUCUGACAUGACAAGAAAGUCAUUGGCGUUGAUAAGAUGCAUUAUCAGCGGGGAAGACGAAGAUGAAGAUCCGCAACAGCAACAGCAGCAAUUGAAAAGUGUUGAACAAGUCUACGAUAUGAUAACCUAAUUUCCUGCCAGGAAAGAGGCGAAAAGAUUUUAACGAAAAAUUAAACGGGCUCAGAGAGAGAGAGAGAGAUACUUGCAAAGCGAAGCCAAGUCAGUGAAAAGAAAAAAAAAAACGUAAUCGAAACGAAAGUAAGAAAAGAUAUCUGAAAACGGGGCGUACAUAUGUUUCAACGACACCCGAGGGCGUGGCGCACGCCCAAUAAACUGGCAAACAAUCUAUAAACAACUGCGAGACUACACAGCGAUUUAUACAGAAAUUAUAAACAUUCGGACUCAGAUUCCGAACCGGGCUCGAGAAACCCCUGUGAACCAAAGUGGUGAUCUUUGAUGCGAAGAAACCUGCGCUUGGACUGGAGGGCCCUGGCGCUGCUGGGCGCCCUCCUCUCGUUCAUCAUCGCCUGGCGGGGCCUUGUAUCUGCGAUGCCCCUCAUGGCCAUGGACAACAACCUGACAGACUCAUCCGGAUCCACAUACACAUCCACAUCAAAAUACAACAGCACGAACAAUAGUAAUCUGUUUAGUAAUAGUUAUCUACAAAGUGAUCAUAGUCGUAGUAGUUUAGUGCCGAGCGCAGUGAGUGAACGUAGUGUAAAUCAACCCACAAAUCAAAGUAUUAAUGCUGAAUUUAAUCAGAGCUUAAGCACGCAUCCAACUGCCAUAACAAGCACACCGCAAACCCAAACUCAAACCCAAAUCCAAUCCCAAUACCCAUCCCAGGCGGAGGAUUCCGAUCAGCUGGAGGAGCCGCUGGGAUUCGUCAUCUCAGCGAUGCCGAACGAGCAUCUGGCGGUCCUGUCGCGUACCGAACGCAGCAUUCGUCACCAGAAUCAGCAGCAGCAGAAGAAGCACCAUCAUCAUCACCAGCAACAGCAGCAGCAGCCAAUGUCGCCCGCUGACAAUAAUUUCAUUGGUUCGAAAUCGAAAAGACUGAGCAACCCUAGAAGUAGUCUUAACAUAAAUAGCAGUAGCAGUAACACGCCCAUCAGCAAUCUGGACCGUAACGAACGCUCCACGGUGCCACAGUCCCACUUGGCGUGGACUUCGCGCAAGAUCCAGCUGUACAUCAAAAAUCGCAUCCUUCAGAUAUUGCGGGAUGGCGUUGUCAACGGAACCCAGGACGAGAAUAGUGAAUUCACGAUUCUCCAGCGAUCCACGGUGGAUGUGGGACGCAUCAAACUGCAGAGUGUGGCCACUUGCCUGUAUCUCUGCAUGGACGCGUGCGGUGUUCCCUACGGCUCGAAAGACUUCACCGACGACUGCGUCUUCAACGAGAACAUGGGUCUUCAGAACUACAACACAUACUCCUCCACGUACCACUCUCAGGCGAGGCGGGUCUUCUACCUGGCCCUGAAUGGCAGUGGACAGCCCCGGCGCACCCAGAUCCCGGCCAGCCGAUCGCUGGGCAAGCUGAGCACCUACACGAACGCCAUCACGGAGACGGUGCCGCAGGAGCGGGUCGAGCAGCUGAUCGCCAAGAAUUUUGGUGCCAAUCGCGUCAAGCACGGCGUGCGGCAACUCUGUGAUACGGGCAAGCCGCUGAUCGAGCUGAUCGAUGUGGCCAGAUUCAAGGGGCCGCCACAUUGCAGCAGCAACACAAGUGGCAGCAGCAGCAGCAGCAGUAGUAGCAGUAGCAAAAGUAGUAGCAAUAGCAGUAGCAGUUACGUUCCUGUGUCUGCGAUCAGCAGCCUGAGUAGUAUUAGUAACAGUAGUCAAAGCGAGAGCGGCCAUAUUAGCAGUAGCCUUAGCGGUAGCAGUAAUAGUAGUAGCAAUAGCAGUAGCAGUAACAGUAGCAGUAAUAGUAGUAGACCGAGUGGUAGCAAGGCCAACAAGAAGAAGAAGCCCAAGUGCAAGCCGCACGAGCAGGAGGACACUCACAAUUGCCAGAAGCGCGGUGGCGCCGGAGCGGGAGCACUGCGAAAAUUGGGGCCCAAGGCGAAGAGGUGCAAGGAGCUGCGGGAGAAGGCGGCCGCCGAGAAGCGGGCGCCACCCAAUUGUGGCAAGAAGAAUGGGGCCAGAAAGAAUCCUACAGAGGCAGCCAAAGCGGUGCAACAGCGACCCAAAGGAAACACCCAGCACGGUGGCAAGAAGAAGCCGAACAAGGCGGGUAAACAGCGCCAAAAUGGGGGAAAAAAGCAGCAGCAGCAUCAGUUGCAGCAACAGCAACAACAGCCGCUGCAACAUCAGGCCAAAUCCAUUUCCGGUGGCAAGAGGAAGCACCGGAAAUUGGAUGCAAGUACAACCACCACCAUGGCCACCAGCCUGGCCACGCCCCCAAGUAGCCACUGGGAGAGCAGCUCACCCCUGCCCGCAUUUUCCCUUAGCGAAACCAGCGACAGGGUGGAGCGCAACGUGCGCAUGAGCAGCGGCGAGGAGCAGGAUCAGGACAACGAACAGGAUCAAGAGCAAUCCGAUCCGGCGGAGCAGGGCGAGGAGGAGGCCGAGGGCGACGUGGGAUCCCUGGAAGAUGCCAGCUACGAGGACGCAAGUUCCGAGGCCCAAGGACGCAGCGGAGCAGGCGGCGACGAUUCGCUCUACUACGAUUUCUGAAAUCAGUGCGACUGUUGAGAAAAGAGAAAAGUGAGAAAAGGACCUAAAAUGAUGUAAAAAGUCCGUCUUGGGUAUGCAAAAGAUAUUGUAAUUGCAAGUUUCCACAACACAUCCACACACGAUCAGACACCAACAGAUACAGAUACCCACUCUAUACACUGCACAUUCAGCACCAGAACAACACCAUAUACAUGUAUAUCAUCCGCCAGUGUGUAAAUAUUUGAAUAUCAUACUCUACAUACGCCUGUGGCUCACUAAAGUAUUUUUGAUGCAGCGGACUGUUGUCCCCCCGGCGAUGAUGCAAAGUGCAACCAAGAUCCCCGCUAAAGACGAUGAAUAUCAAUGUAUUACGACGGAGUCUCGAGUAUUUUAUAAGAACCUCUCAAGCGAACCAUUUGGAGUAUAAUUAUCAUCGAAAUGUAUUAUAAACGCACGCCCAUCCAAUCAAUCAGAUAGAUGUAAAUUCGAAGCCCUAACCUUACGCAACACGAAUGACCCAAAAGAGUCUAUUGAAAUACUUGAGUCUCUGUGGCGGAACUUUCACGAUCGGUUGACGAUGAAAAUACUCAAAAACACGACCACCCCGAUAAGUCUACCAGAAACCAAACUUGAAAACUUGCAAACCGCUUUCCCAACACUGUAAAAACGAGUAAAGCGUUGAGAUAAUUCGAAUAUGUCGAGGAAAUACAAUUGUAAAUAGAUACGCGGCUUAGUCAAGUAAGAUCCAUUUUUUGUCUGUACUGUCGAACCUCGCGUAGCCUUAGCCUUGUAAAUCACCUUUGAAUGCAAUUUUUCCCACUCAAGUUAAAAAUCACAAUGCGAAAGUAAGAAGCAAUCGAUACAUCGAAAACUAUUAUAAAAUAAAUACGAGAAAAGUUGGAAGAAAAACUCACAAAUCACAAGAUUGUAUUUUCUUUUACAAUACGAAACGAAACUAACAUUAAUAUUAAUUUAUUCGAUCAACGAGAUAAAUGCGUGAAAUUAUAGUUGUAGCUGUAUGAUGGAUUUAUUUAUUUAUUUAAAAAUAUUUAUUUAUAAACUACUUCUAGUACGCUUAGGCCUAGACUAACAAACUUUGUUAUAACUUAAUGCAUUAAACAAACAAUUUCCAGAUAAGUCAGUAAACGAUCAACGAAAAAAGCAUGAGAAAAGCGCGAAAAAAACUAAACUAAAAAAUAAAGUAUAAAAAUACAUUAAUAUCAAAUGCGAGUGUGUUUUAGUCGAUAAUGGUAAGGAGUAGUAGUCCUAAGGUUGAUGUACAAUAUUACUGGGUUUUCUGCAUGGAACUGAAUUAUUUUUAGCAUUUUGCACGCUGCCCGACUUAAAUUCAAAAAAUUAUUCCAAUUCACUCAUUUUUUGGCAUGGUUUUCUGUAAUGCAGUUGUUUUACAUAUCCUCCCUAAAUAUCCAUAGCUCCAAACCCCCCUAUAAUAUCUUGUGACCUUUACAGCCUGUGUCUGCAGCUAAUCGCCCUGGUUUUGCUCCGAAAGAGAGCCAUCCUGUGAGAGGAGAUCCUUCGAUUUAUCGUCGAAACCCAAUGUACCACCGAUCCACACAACAAAGCUAAAGUUCCUGAUCUUUAAGCAUAAGAGUUAUACAUUUAAAACUACAUUUAUAGCAUUUAGUAUUUUCGUAUUUAUCGUUUAAGACUGAUAAGAGAACACAAGAGGAGAGCACUAAGCUAAGCGUACUGUAAAUAAACUAAAAUAUUCUAAAACCUAA